AUGGAUUCUCUGCUCUCAACGCAGUAUCAACAUGGUCACUAUGAACAAGACCGUAGUGCACUUAAAAAAAGGGAAUGGGAGCGGAGGAAUCAAGAAGUCCAACAAGAAGAUGAUCUCUUUUCUUCAGGCUUUGAUCUUUUUGGGGAGCCCUACAAGACAAACAAAGGUGAUGCACUUGCCAACCGAGUCCAGAACACGCUUGGAAACUAUGAUGAAAUGAAGGAUUUGCUAACUAAUCAUUCUAAUCAGAAUCAUCUAGUGGGAAUCCCAAAGAAUUCUGUGCCCCAGACUCCCAUCAACAAAAAUGAACCAACCUUUUUUCCAGAACAAAAGAACCGAAUGAUCCCUCCGCACCAGGAUAAUACCCACCUCUCGACACCAAUGCCUCCACCUUCUGUCGUGAUACUGAAUUCAACUCUAAUACACAGCAACAGAAAACCAAAACCUGAGUGGCCACGAGACUGUCAUAACACAAGCACUCUACCAGCAAGCCAGGCCAGUAGUCAGCCAAACAAGAUGCAGACUUCCACACAGGACCAGCCUCAAGCCAGACUUGAAGACUUCUUUGUCUACCCCGCUGAACAGCCCCAAAUUGGAGCAGUCGAAGAGUCUAACCUAUCUGCAAAGGAAGACAGCAACCCUAAGCCAAGUGGAGAAGAUGCUUUUAAAGAAAUAUUUCAAUCCAACUCACCGGAAGAAUCUGAAUUUACAGUGCAAGCUCCUGGUUCUCCCUUAGUUGCUUCCUCCUUGUUAGCUCCCAGCAGUGGCCUUUCUGUUCAAAACUUCCCACCAGGGAUUUACUGCAAAACAAGCAUGGGGCAGCAAAAGCCAACAGCAUAUGUAAGACCCAUGGAUGGCCAAGAUCAGGCACCAGACAUCUCUCCAACGCUGAAGCCUUCAAUCGAGUUUGAGAACAGCUUUGGGAAUCUGUCAUUUGGAUCACUCCUGGAUGGAAAACCCAGUGCAGCCAAUUCAAAGACUAAACUGCCAAAGUUCACGAUUCUCCAAACAAGUGAAGUAAGCCUACCCAGUGAUCCAAGCUGUGUUGAGGAAAUCUUACGGGAGAUGACCCAUUCCUGGCCUACUCUCACUGCCAUGCAUACUCCUGGAAACUCUGAGCAGAACACAUUUUCCAUCCCAGGACAGGAAUCCCAACAUCUGACCCCAGGAUUCACCUUACAAAAGUGGAGUGACCCGACCACCAGAGCUUCUACAAAGUCAGUAUCAUUCAAGUUGAUUUUGAUCAGACUGUGUGCCAAGGAGAAUAUGUGCCAAGACGGCCAGAUUUCUACCUGUGAGGACCGUAUAACCACAGGUAGCAGCACCUUUGGUUCACCUGACAUAAUAGGUUCACAAAUUUGCAAGCUCCUGAGUGGAAGAGGUGGUAUCCAUUCACGUGAUUCCUCAGCAACAG